GGGUUUCCUGAAAUCUCCCCACUGAUGAGAAACUCUGUGACAGUACUAUACAUGCUCUGUCUGAAAACGACUUAUGGGGAUUUUAAGUGGAUACGUCACAACUAAAGGGGAAGGGGAAGAGGGAGGGACGGAGGAGAGGAGAGAAGAGGAGGGCGAACCAUGAACAGAGACAGGGAGAGAAAAUGAGAGAGAGAGAGAGAGAAGUGAGAGAGAGAGAGAGAGUACAGAGGGAUAUAUUGACUCAAAGCUGGUCUGCAUGCUCCACAGUGUGUGAGAGACAGAGGAUGUGAGAGCAGGCAAGAUGGAGUGCUGGCACAGAUGAAGACUGUCCCUGGCCCCAUCUGACAGUCCACAUGAGUGUCUCCAAGCCUCCCCCACCGCCCUCCACCUCCCACCUGGCCAUCCCCCCUUCAUCCACCUCCACCCCUUCCUCGUCCGCCUCCUCCCCCUCGGCGACGCCCCACUCCACCGCUCUGCCCCCGCCCUCGCCCGUCAAGAUCUCUAUGCAGGAGCACUUUGCCAUUAACGUGUGCCCGGGGCCCAUCCUCCCCAUCCCACAGAUCUCAGACUUCUUUCCUCGAUUCCAUGACUACCCCUGCACGCCACCACCUCCCAGGGAGAAGAAGAUCCUGAAGGAGGAGACGUUCAACGGGGAAACGGGCGGAGGAUUCAAGGAUGGGGAAAGAAGAGGGGAGAAUGACGGAGACAGGGAGGAGGUGUUUGACUCUGAUGAUGACGACACUUACCUGGGAACGCUGGAGUUCACUCUGCUCUUUGAUCAAGAUAACAACUGUCUUCAUUGUACUAUUCACAAGGCAAAGGGACUGAAAGCCAUGGACUCCAACGGACUGGCCGAUCCAUACGUCAAGCUUCAUCUUCUCCCCGGAGCGAGCAAGGCGAACAAGCUACGCACAAAAACCCUGAAGAACACUCUGAAUCCGGUGUGGAACGAAACCCUGAUCUAUCACGGCAUCACUGCGGCCGACAUGACCACCAAGACACUCAGACUGUGUGUAUGUGACAUGGACAGACUUGGGCGGAAUGAAUUCAUCGGCGAGGUGCGGGUGGCUCUGAAGAAACUGAAAGAGGGCGAGAACAAACGCUACAAUAUGGGCCUGGAGAGAAUUGCACAGAAUAAGGAAUCCAACAAUCAAACAGUGGAGCCAGGAGCAGUUGUGGCGGAGGAGGAGCGCGGCCGCAUCCUGGUGUCGCUGUGCUAUAACACAGAGAAGGGUUGCCUGCUGGUUGGGAUCAUACGCUGCGCCCAUCUGGCCGCCAUGGACUCCAACGGCUACUCUGACCCCUUCGUAAAAAUCAUCUUACAGCCAGAUAUGGGGAAAAAGUCCAAGUACAAGACUUCGGUAAAGAAGAAGACUCUCAAUCCAGAAUUCAAUGAGGAGUUUUCAUACGAAGUAUCCUUGGACCAGCUGGCUAAGAAAACCCUGGAGAUCUCUGUGUGGGACUACGACUUGGGAAUGAGCAACGACUUCAUAGGUGGGGUGGAGCUCGGCAUCAACGCAAGCGGACAGAGACUCAGACACUGGUUCGAGUGUCUCAAAAACAAAGGGAAGAAAGUGGAGUACUGGCAUACGCUGACGCAGCAAGGAGCUCCCAGCAGCGACAAGCCGGACUAGAUCACAAAACAAAUGACAUUU